AUGCAAACGCUGAAGGAGCAAGUGGAGCAAUUACAAAUGCAAUUGGAUCGUCUUAAGAGCACACUCAUAUUGCCGCAACAAGCAGAGCAACUAAAUACUCAGCUAAAGACGCUGCUGGCUAAAGUGGCCAAACGAUCCAGGACGAUGAAGGAUGCGCUCGAGAAUUUACAGUCUCUGGGCGUCGAGAUCAAUGUGGCAGUACGUGCGCCGUCGACAAUACUGGCGGGGUAUUCUUUGCGUAGCAAUGAUGCUACCUCUCAGUUGGGAGAGCUACGGGAGUAUGCAGACCAAAUGUAUGCUAGCGCCCAUGACAUUAGGCGCGAUCCGAUAUCGGGAAGAAAGUUCGUGCAGCUGUCAUCAGUGACGCCACUGGCAAACGGAUUGGGCACUGCGAGUCGCAUGAUCUGGCAAGGAAUGCAACUUAGGGAUAGCAAAUGCUGCACAUACAACGUUCACCGGGUGCAUGCGAACACGAACUCUAUCGCAAAGAGUUUCUUCCUUACAUUGAGUGAUGAAUUGACGCCUUGUACUCUUCAUGGGGCUGCCUUCGUACGGAAAUUCGAGGAGCGGGAUCGCAUUGUGUACAUUUGGACAACUAUAAUGCUGCCGUCAAGCAAGGAUGCCAGAGACAAGGGCUCCAAUAGCAAUUUGUGCUUGCUGCGUGUCCGUGAAAAGGGUAUUGCACACGUGUUACGAGGUCUCAAGUGA